AUAAUUUUACAUUUAGAUCAGAUAGGGCCCCAGUGGGAUAGCAAUAUCCGCGAUUUUAUACAACGCGAGUUCAUGAGACACAAUUCCUUCCCAAAGUACAGUUGCAGAAAUCGUUGUGGAAAAGACGAACGAGACGCAUCUACUGCAGCGUUUUUUCGUCGUUUAUCUAGAUGUUACUGCGAUAAAUUAUGCGAUGAAUUUGGGGACUGCUGUUAUGACUUUAAUGCUAUGUAAGUUUUUUUAUCCAGUCUUAUGUUGUACUUUACUUUUGUACUGUUACUUUAUAAAUUGAUAUCCAUGAUGAUGUGAUUUCUCACAAACUGCUUACAUUGUGUCGCGAAAGACUUGCUUUCCAUGUUACAGGGACAAAUAAACAGAAACAAUUUUAUUUGUAUUUCUUGAAUUUAGUCUCAUAGAAAGAAAGGAAAAAAAAAAUAUUGUCAGAUCUGAGACGUUACUGAUUAAAACUGACGAUCGAGCCUGAGUAGUAAACAAUUAUAGUUUAUCAGUUGUUAAAAUCUCACCUUUUUAAAGUUGCAGAAAAGUUGUAAAUCCUCAGAGAAGCCCACUGAGCUCAUCUGAAAACUGCUUUGCUCGACCAAACCACCCUACAGGGGCAAUAUAUCAUGGCUACGCAGUGUGGAGUAGGUGUCCAGAAAACUGGAAAGAAAGCAGGGUGAGACAAAAAUGCCAGCAUGAAGAUCAAAGCGAUCUUUUGAAUAAUCUGCCCGUGUUUCACGAAGACAGUCAUGUAACCUACAGAAAUAUCUUUUGUGCACAAUGUAAUGGCGCUACAAAUAUGACGUACUGGAGACUGGAAUUUCAAUGCUACACAUGGUUUAACACCACGGCUUCUAAUUUAAGUACUACCAUGAACUUUCUGCGACAGGAAUGCUCAGUCAUAACAAGUCCAGAGGAGUUUCAACUGAGGCAUUUGAAACUGUGCAUUCCUCGUUUUCGAGAAUGUGCGAGUGUUAGCCAGGCAAAGAACGAUUCGUACUGUCAAACAGACUGCCUAAGGUACGCUUUCCCAACUUGUGUCAAGGAUUCACGAUUCAGAAACCCUCAGUGUGCUCUGUGCAGUGGAUUUGAACCAAGGUCUCUUGAAAUGGAAUGUGCUUCGGGAAGCGCACCAGUGACACCUCCUCUCUCAGUGCUUUUCGAUUUUUCCUCCUCCUCAAUGUUUAGUGUUGUAGUGGAUGACAGAGAGCAUAAUAUGCGUCAUUCCUUUGAAGAUGUCUGGUCAUGCACCCACGAUGAAGUAUACGAUCCAUAUACUGCAAAAUGCAGGAAAAUCGUCUCAGUUGGUGCGGACCAUGAAAAUCACACACUCAACAAUGCGGUGCUCAAUUUAAACUGCACUUUUGUUUAUUUCAACAAAAGUGACUACGAAAGGCAGCCCAAUGGCAGCGUUUACAUCAGACCUCACAAUAAGAUCUACAGCAACUCAUCUUACAAGGUACAGGGUGAUCGGCUGCUUUUGUGUGUAAACUUUUCAAGGAAUGCUACAGUUAACAAAAAAGAACGGAACGUUCAAGAAAUCAAAACAACGCCAGCAUCCUUGAGCAUUUUAACAACGAUCGGCUUCAGUAUAUCAAUGUUGUCACUUGUGAUUCUGCUGUUAACGUACGUAGUGUUUUCCGAGCUGCGCAACUUACCUGGAAAAAUCAUAAUAAACUUGGCCAUAUCUUUGCUUCUCUAUCAAAGCCUCUUUUUCCUAGCGAACAAAACUUCUAAUGACGUGCAAUGCCUUGUCGCUGCAAUUCUUCUUCACUUUCUGACUUUGUGCUCUUUUACCUGGAUGAACGUUAUGGCUUAUGAUGUGCAUCGAAUUUUCACCGCUUCUGGUAAGUUUUCCUAUACUUAUUACAGUAGUGUAAUCAAAAUAAUCAUCCCUACCGGAAUUUAAGUAAUUGUCACUCAUAUGUACCAAAGAUUUCUAUUCAGUGUAUAGCUGCACUUAACCUCAGAUCAGUCUUAAAACGCACGCCUAAAUUCUUAGUAGAAUUCUUAGCAUUAUAACGUGAUUCCUGAACAAACAGAUUUUCUGGAAAAGGCUCUCAAUGACUAAAUUUUGAUUGAGUGUUUUACUUGCUUUAUGCUUCAUAAGCACCAGCGCCCAGCAUAUACAUAAUGUUGAUUUUUUAGACCUUUUAACAAGUUUUAUCCGCUUCUCAUGCAGAUGGAGUUGCCUCAAAUCACCACGCUGACAACAACAAACGUCUUGUAAAAUAUUGCUUAUAUGCCUGGCUUGCUCCGGCACUCGUCGUCUCCAUGACUGUGCUAAUUGAUCGUCGUCUUAAUAAAGGAUAUUUUGGUUAUGGUAAGUGAACUCAAAAAAAUAUUGUGUUAUACGUGGAUGUAUGCGACUUAGAAACGUGGUUAAACAGGCCUUAAAGUUUUUCAAAGUUUCACACACAUUAAAAGCUCCAAUUCCUUAUCUACUCUGGUCAUUUGUUCUUAAAUUGAAGUUGAGCAAGUUCGAAAAUAAAAAUAACGGCUGAAAAUAAUGAAGGAAGCUUUGAAUAACACGACAGUAAUUAUAAAAUAUAGCACCAAUAGGCAAAACUGAAGAAAACUGGGUCAAAACGGAUUGAAAUUGAUUUUCAAACUGUUGAGCUUCAGUAACUUCAGAAGGAAGGUCAAAGACAUGCAAAACAUAGCUAAUAUAAUUAUAUACCCUGAUUUUUUUAACAGGGCAAGGGGAAGCAGCGUGUUUCAUAUCGAGGCGUCAGGCCAUUCUUUACGCGUUUGUUCUGCCCGUUGCUCUACUGAUGCUUUUCAAUAUAUUUGCUUUGGGACACACCAUAGUGCACAUUGUUAAGACGAGGAAGGUAAUGCAAUCAUUGAAAUAUUUUUGAUUUCCCUUUACCAGAGGAACAAUAACACAUUUAUCGCUUUUUAAUUUAUUAUCUAUAAGCCAACCAAUUGUUGAAGAGUAUAGUACAGGAGGUCUAUGUAUAGUGAGUGAUUAUGAACUGAUCUUCAGAUUUCGACUGUCCGCCCUUAUUGCGUUGAGCCACUCUUUGGCUGAUUAUAAAGUUUCUCUAGGUACUUAUAAUUGUCGAAAAACCUUCAGGGAUGUAGCUAAGAGUUUUCAAAGGGGAUUCGCCAUGUGUCACUCUUAGGGUACUCGCUAGAUUGGAAUGUCGAUAUCGACGCCGUGUUUAACUAAAGUGAUAAGUAGUUAGCGUUUAGAAAGGGACACGAGCACCCCAGGACGCCCCUCUAUACCUACGCCCCUGACGUCAGUGUCAGAAUGGUUUCAGUUUCCUAUCAAUGCAUUACUCUCAAGGAAAUUUCUUAAUAUUGAAUUGGGAGUGUCUGUAAAAAGUUAGCUUACCACUUGGAACUCUUGGCUUCAGUUGCUAUGGUGAGUCCGCCACGUCAUAAUUUACGUUUACAGAGAAGUGGUUUCUGGAAUGAGUAGCAGUUAUUGACAGGAGCAUAUCAAAUGGAGCCUCCAUCUCCCAUACAAGCCCUUGGAGUCAACCCUUUCCCGAGUAGAUUUAUAAUUAGAACGGUUCCCAGGGGAGACUUCGCGCGCCGACGGUGGGAAGAGCCAAUCACAACGACUAAAUGACACUGCUAUUGUACUUCAUGAAACAGCAGGAAAUCCGGUGCUGACAAGCCAAACAAAAUCAUAAGCUAGUGAAACGUGACUUUAGCGUUUUCAUCCCUCAGAGAUUUUCUUUCUUUUCUUUCUAGCGGGUAGAUUAUACUGUGGAGAGUUUUAAACUCAGACUAUGUUAAUCUUAAUUUUGGUUGCUUGUCUCACAUUAAGCUGGUCUGUUACAUGCGUAAGGAUUAUUAAACUGCUACCUGCAGUCUGUAGUUCUGACAGGAUUCGUUUUCUUUAGCCAAUUUUUUUGAGCGGUAAGGUUCUUAUUUCGGCUAAAUGACUCAAUAUUAAUCAAAUUUCUAGUUUUUCAAGUUUUUAUCCGAAAUGCGUUUGUCUGAAUAAAUACUGUGGUUGUUUUGUCCGUCAGUUAGUGUGAUGAUUCCCUGCUAUGUUUUGUAACGCCGAGCCCAGCCAUUGUUUUCUCGCAAAAAAGUGAUCUACAGAUGCGAAUUCGAAGGAAAGAAUUGGCCUAAACUUCUACAUUAAUGGCUGAGAAUUCUCCUGUUGGUCAGUCAUAAUUCUUUGGGCGCAGAUACAAUCCAUUUUGUUUUUCUUGAGAUAAGAGUGUCUUUGGAUUGGAGCGCGAUGUCACAAAUUCCACCGUUAGCAAAUUUCUUUUGAGUUAGCUUCACGGUCGAGCAACUGUUGUCUUCUGUUCAACUUUUCAAGUGCCAGUUUUAUCAGGCAACUCUCAUGGCGAUACAAGUCAGUUGUAAAGGAAGACUGCAAUUUUUCUGAAGUAUUCCUCCUUACUUGCUACUUAGGUCAUCGCUUUUGCACACGGUGCUUAACUGGCGAAAUCCACUCCACGGCGAUGACAAAAAUAAAUGAUCCUGGCACUUUUUCGGCGCUGAUCAUCGAAAAGUUUCAAAUCGUCCACAGAACGCUUAAUCGUCGACUCUUUUCAAGGUGCAUGCUUAAAUGUGGGAUGUAUGACGGCAAAAAAAAAAACAACAACAACAAAAACAAACACUCGCAAAGAACCUUUCCGUGAUCCUCAGUUCGCUGCCUUUGUCCCAUCGCUUCAUGCUCAGUCUCAGUCGGGUAAUUCAUUAACUUUUAUUUCAUCCCAGAUCCCAGCGGCUGUAAAACUGUAAAAAUGGUCGUAUAGUAAAAAAGGAAAACGGUCGAAGGACGGGCUUCUGAGUUAGACUUCAUCCAACUUCAUUUUUUUCACGGUGACAUACGAGACUCACGGAAAUAUGACACUUUUCGCGGGAAACAAGCCGUUCUAUUUAUAAAUCUACUCGGGAAAGGGUUGACUCAAGAAAUUAAUGGAGAUGGAGGCUCCAUUUGAUGGGCUCCUGUUAUUGAUCAAUGUUUCCUGUUCUCCAGAGAACGACACAAGUUACAAACCAGCGGCAUAGCACAAGUUUAACACUGAUUUGUGUCAAAAUGGCGUCGGUCAUGGGUGUGACGUGGAUUCUUGGUAUUGCGGCAAACGUCCACGCGUUAUCUUUCUUGUGGUACCCGUAUGUGGUUUUGAACAGCCUUCAAGGUAACUUUAAGGUGACUCGACGCAGUUUUUUUUGGGGGGGUACCAUCCUACUUUGAGGCUCUCUGGUAUCCCCACCUUUACUUUUAUCGUAAGUCUAACACAUAGAAUGGAUAACAUAUAGAUCAAUCUACAAUAUAACAUAAAAUUUUUGGCGAUCGGAGUAAAAGUCAGGUGAUUAUAAUGCCACCCCCCUUUGAGGUCUGAGUCGAAAAUCUGCUGUUGCCGGCAUUUUUUCGUGAAAAUCUCUCGGCUACACAUAGUGCGCAUUAGUGCCUUGCGCUGAACAGAGUUUCACCAAAAUCGCAAAGACCCAAUUCGAGAAAUUCAGCGGUUUCCAAAUUUAGGUCAUAAUUUAUGCGAAAACGAUAAGCAAACUUCACACGGAUUAUAUCUAAUAAACUAUGAGAUUCAUCUCUUUAUUUUGGGCAUCGUUAUAACAGAUGGGUCCUUACAAGUCAGCAAAACGCUUUAGGGCCUUGCAAAUGCGCGCGAUUUCGAGCAAAGCAAACAUAUAGAAAUUAUAGUUUUCGCUAUUUGUUGACGUUUGUCAGCGUUUAAGAGUCCUUCUCACGAAAAAAGCAUUUUCUUAAAAAUUCGUAGUUUUUUUUCCCGCAAAUUUUUUCAGGGCCACAAUUGAUUAACUAACUACCCGGACUCUGAAUUUCAUGGUCAUUGAAAAACUGUGACAUUAUCUUCUAUAAGCCCAAACUUGUGUAAACAUUGAAGAUUUUUAGCUUUUUGGCUGAGUUUGUGCUUUGGGAGUUGUCUAUUGUUUCUAGUCUGGUAUUCUUGUUCAGCACGCGUGCAAUGACCACGCUUGGCUGACUUCCGAAUGCUCACCGAGAUACGAUAAUUUUGGUACAGUGAGACGGGCCAUCGCGUGAUACAUAGAGGUUUAAUUCACAAUUUUUAAUCAAUUCUCGUGCUUCUUGUGCCUUUGCAAAAAAAUCAAGAAGUGCUACACACUAAAUCUACUUACUAUUACAAAAAUAUCAUUUUUUCAUAGGUUUAAUGCAAGCCAACAAUUAAACCAACUCGUGACGGGGAUAUCUCGGUGAGCAUUCGGAAGUCAGCCAAGCGUGGUCAUUGCAAGCGUGCUGAACAAGAAUGCUGUAUAAUGACAGACUAGAAACGAUAGACAACUCCCAAAGCACAAACUCAGCCAAAACGCUAAAAAUCUUCAAUGUUUACACAAGUUUGGGCUUAUAGAAGAUAAUGUCACAGUUUUUCAAUGACCAUGAAAUUCAGAGUCCGGGUAGUUAGUUAAUCAAUUGUGGCCCUGAAAAAAUUUGAAGGAAAAAAAACUACGAAUUUUUAAGAAAAUGCUUUUUUCGUGAGAAGGACUCUUAAACGCUGACAAACGUCAACAAAUAGCGAAAACUAUAAUUUCUAUAUGUUUGCUUUGCUCGAAAUCGCGCGCAUUUGCAAGGCCCUAAAGCGUUUUGCUGACUUGUAAGGACCCAUCUGUUAUAACGAUGCCCAAAAUAAAGAGAUGAAUCUCAUAGUUUAUUAGAUAUAAUCCGUGUAAAGUUUGCUUAUCAUUUUCGCAUAAAUUAUGACCUAAAUUUGGAAACCGCUGAAUUUCUCGAAUUGGGUCUUUGCGAUUUUGGUGAAACUCUGUUCAGCGCAAGGCACUAAUGCACACUAUGUGUAGCCGAGAGAUUUUCACGAAAAAAUGCCGGCAACAGCAGAUUUUCGACUCAGACUUCAAAGGGGCGUGGCAUUAUAACCACGUGACAUUUACUCCGAUCGCCAAAAAUUUUAUGUUAUAUUGUAGAUUGAUCUAUAUGUUAUCCAUUUUAUGUGUUAGACUUACGAUAAAAGUAAAGGUGGGGAUACCAGAGAGUCUCAAACUAGGAUGGUACCCCCUCCCCAAAAAAAAAACUGCGUCGAGUCACCUGAAACGUUUUGACUUUUCACUCAAGUGGAAGAAACUGUUACCGACUUUAAGAAAUCAGUUAAAAAGAUGUACUUAAUAUCUUGUUCAAACUAAUCAGUUUCUCGAAUGUUAAAAUCUUGUAGCCGUCAGAACCCAAUAGGUUCUACGGAUUUUCUCCCCCCCCCCCCAAAAAAAAAAAUGAAACGCGUUUCUAGGGAAUAAGUAUAAAUGUUAAUUCUAAGUAAAAUCUAAGAUGGCAGUCAUGAUGGGGGCCAUUUUGAAAGUCCCCAAAGCACCAUAUUUUCUCAAAAAUAUUAUCUAGCUGAGAGCUCCUCGAAGCCGCCCACGAUCUAUUAUAAGUUUUAAAUUUUUGUUAAUAGAGAGGUUAAGCUUCAGGUUUACGUCAAAGGGCAAACGCGAAUUUGUACCAUGUGACAAAGUUUCUCAUUUACUUGUCGUUUUAGUCAGAACACAAAUUAGUAGUUUCACGCAAUUUUUUAUCCUUUAGAAUUGUUUUGAGCAGUUUUUAUCUGCUCAUUUUUUUAUUUUGAGAAAUUCCCAACUUGACUGACGAGGGUAAAUUCACAUUCACUGACUCUGUUCUUCGGAUUUUAUGUUACAGGUUUUUUCAUUUUCCUUUCCUUUGCUGCCAGUGGGAAGGCGCUGGAACUGUACAGAAAUAAACUGACCAUAUUAAAGUAUAUCAAAGGACAAGAUGGAAUGAAAAGUAAAUCUGUCUCCAACAGCACCUUACAGUCUGUAUGCGCAUCUGACUCGAAACAUAGACCGGAUCGAAGUGAAAAUGAUACACGCUUGUAA